AUGAAACAAUCAUUGCUGCGAACCGUCAACGGGCUGCGCCAGAGUCGGUUCCCUCUACUCAUCCGCCCGGGAUGCCUCUGCAGCGGCAGCGAACCACGACGCGCCCUGCAGCUCCGACGGGCAAGCUCUCAGGAUCCCUCGACGCGCAGCGCAGCCAAGCCGUAUUAUGUCACGACGCCCAUCUUCUACGUCAAUGCCGCGCCACAUAUCGGCCACUUGUACACAAUGGUGCUGGCUGACGUGGUAAAGCGAUGGCAGCAGCUCAAGGGGCGGGAAGCCUUCCUGUCGACCGGGACGGACGAGCACGGCAUGAAGAUCCAGAGCGCCGCCGCCAAGGAGGGCGUCGAUCCCAAGGAGUUCUGCGACAACAACUCGCGCAAGUUUCGAGAGCUCGCCGCGGCAGGCGACGUGUCCUGCGACGCGUUCAUCCGAACAACGAGCCCGGAACACAAGGAGUCUGUCGGCCACGUUUGGUUGCAGCUGAAGCACGCGCUUCCCGAGAAGCUGGGCCUGUACAAGGGCACCCACCAAGGAUGGUACUCGGUCAGCGACGAGUGCUUCUACCCCGAGAGCCUGGUCCGGCCGCACAUUGUGCCCCAGACGGGCAAGAAGAUCUUGGUCAGCAGCGAGACGGGCAGCGAGGUGGAAAAGGUCGAGGAGGAGACAUGGUUCUUCCCCCUGACCAGGUACAGAGACGCCCUGUUGGCGUUUUACGACGAAAACCCCGAGUGGAUCACGCCGGCCGAGCGGAUGAGCGAGGUGCGCAACUGGGUCGAGAAGCACCUGGAGGACCUGUCCGUCACGCGGCCGGCGGCACGGCUCGGCUGGGGGAUCGCCGAUCCCGAAGACGGCAAGCAGACCAUCUACGUCUGGGUGGACGCCUUGGUCAACUACCUGACGCAAGCCGGAUACGGCAGCAAGUGGCACUCGGCUUCCGACGACAUGGGCCUUUGGCCGGCCGACGUGCAGGUCAUUGGCAAGGACAUUCUCCGGUUCCACGCCGUGUACUGGCCGGCCCUCCUCAUGGCCCUGGGGCUGCCGCUCCCCAAGAGGAUCCUGUGCCACAACCACUGGAUCAUGUCGAACCGCAAAAUGUCCAAGUCGCUGGGCAACGUCGUCAACCCGUUCUCGGCCCUGCAGCGAUGGGACGUUGACACCCUGCGCUACUUUCUGAUGCGGGACGGCAGCCUGAGCAAGGACAUGAGCUACUCCAACCAGCUGAUCGGACUAGCGUACAAGAAGGAGCUGCAGGCCAACAUCGGCAACCUCCUGUACAGGGUCUCGCGGCCCAAAGUCACUGCCAAGUGGUCCACGAGAGAAGCCGUGCGCGCGUCCCGAGAGGGCAUGUUUGACCGCACGGCCGAAGAAGAGGGGUCGGAGCCCGUCGUCGUCGUCUUCUCCAGCCUCGACGAGCACUUGCAAGCGGCGCCGUUGAGGUUCGCCGACAAGAUGGAGAGAUGCGACACUGCGGGUGCUCUCCGCGAGAUUUUCCACCUUCUCCGCGAGACGAACCGCUACAUUUCAGACACGGAGCCGUGGAACCUCGUCAAGCGGGAGGACGCCGAGUCCCGCAGGCUUCUCAACCUGGCCAUCUACAACAGCGCGGAAGCCCUGCGCAUCGCCGGCAUCUUGCUGCAGCCCAUGAUGCCGUCCAAGGCGUCGGUGCUUCUGAACGAGCUCGGGGUCCGGCACGACCGGCGGGGCUUGGCCUUUGCGGCCAGGGGCAAGGACGCAGACUACGGCACCGAGGGCCGGGCGGGCGGUGGAGCACCGAGGCCGACCAAGUGGGACACGAUAUUCCCGCCCGUGCCCGACGCCAGCGACGCGGCCGUGGAGAUGCCGGAUCCGCUGCGCCGGGAUCUGCAUGCCAAGACGAGGAACAAGAUGAACCAAAUGGCCGAGUAUCUGGCCAUGGAGGCCAGGAUGGGGGAGGGUCCUCCCGCCGCGACGCCGUCGGAUCCUGCGGAUGGUUCUUCUGAAGGGGGGGGGAUGAAGGGCGGCAAAGAAAUUUGA